GGAUAAGCUCCAACACUUUUGUUACUCUCUCUCUCUCUCUCUAAAUUUCUCAUCCACCUUCCACUGUGUGUUUCUUUCUCUCUCUAACCUUCACAACUUGCAGAUAAAGAAACUUCAAAUGGGAGGCCAAGUCAACCCCUCCGCUCAUUUUGUCCCUUCGCGUAGGUCCCUAAAUUUUUAAUCAAAGAACUUUCCCAGAAGCCUAUAACCCCACAAGCCUCCAAAAGUUCCACGUUCAAAAACCAAAGAGUCUCCUCCCACUUAUCAAUAAUCAACGUUUGCGGGUUUUGAUUGCGGGUUACGCUUGUUGGUGACCACCAGGUGGUUGUAGAAACGCCCGAGCUUUCACACUGGGAAGAGGAAGAGGAAGAGGAGGAGAGAGGAGUUGGGACAUCAUCUUUGAUUCACGGGCUUUUCGCUUUUUGCUGUUCCCAACUUGUUUACACUAGUUGGGUUUCUCUCAUUUCUUCUUCUUUUAUUUUGGGUCUUGACAGAAACAGAGCUUGAGGUUUGCUGUCAUGGGUUCCUGCUUUAGUUCCAGGAUCAAAGCUGAUAGCCCACUUCAUAAUGAGGGAGAUUUGUAUUAUUCUCUGAAGUGCAAUGGAGCUUGUAUAUUAUCUCCUUAAUUGGGGAAUGGGAAUAGCUUUCAAGUCCUAUGCAUCUAUUGACUGAACCUCCAAUGCCAUGGGAAUUCUAAUAGCAAGGUGUCAUCUGUCUCAGUGCCUUCAACUCCUCGAACAGAGGGUGAGAUCUUGAUGUCUUCCAACUUGAAGAACUUCUUUUUUAAUGAACUGAAAACAGCCACAAGGAACUUUCGUCCUGACAGUAUGGUGGGUGAAGGCGGUUUUGGUAGUGUUUUUAAGGGCUGGGUUGAUGAGAAUGCAUUAACAGCUGCCAAGCCUGGUACUGGAAUGGUUAUUGCUGUGAAGAGGCUUAACCAAGAAGGUCUCCAGGGUCACAAGGAAUGGUUGACAGAAAUCAACUAUCUUGGACAGCUCCGACACCCAAAUCUUGUGAAGCUGAUUGGUUAUUGCCUGGAGGAUGACCACCGGCUUCUGGUGUAUGAAUUCAUGCCUCGUGGCAGCUUGGACAAUCAUCUAUUUAGAAGGGCUUCUUACUUUCAACCACUUUCAUGGUCCCUUCGUAUGAAGAUUGCCCUUGGUGCUGCUAAGGGUCUAGCAUUUCUUCACAGUGAUGAGGCAAAAGUGAUCUAUCGGGACUUUAAAACUUCUAAUAUCCUGUUGGAUUCAGCCUACAAUGCCAAACUCUCUGACUUUGGUGUAGCCAAGGAUGGACCAGCAGGUGAUAGAAGCCACGUCUCAACAAGGGUCAUGGGGACAUAUGGGUAUGCGGCUCCUGAGUAUAUGGCCACAGGUCAUUUAACCGCCAAAAGUGAUGUGUAUAGUUUUGGGGUUGUUAUGCUCGAAAUGUUGUCUGGAAGACGAGCUGUGGACAAGAACCGGCCUACAGGGGAACACAGCUUAGUUGAGUGGGCCAAACCUUACCUUGCCAGCAAACGCAAAGUUCUCCAAGUUUUUGACGCUCGUAUUGAUGGCCAGUACUCUGUGGCUUCAGCUCUUAAAGCAGUUAACCUUGCAAUUCGAUGCUUAUCAACAGAACCCAAGUUUAGGCCAAUCAUGAAUGAUGUGGUAAAAGCAUUAGAGCAGCUUCAGGAACCUGAAGACAUGGAGGGUCCGGGACCCUCCCAAAAUGAACCUCGCCAAAAUCUUCAUGCCAGUUCAAGCAAUGGUCCCCAAAAUCGAAGGAGAAGUAUGAACGGAACCAGCGAUGCAAGAAAUGCUUCUCUUCACAGGCCAUCUGCCGCACGCGGAAAUACAUAAGAGAUCGUUGCAUGCUGUAUUAUUACUUUCAUUGAUUCAAAACAAAAUGGUGAUUCAUGCCAUAAAGGAGGGGAGAGAGGGAGAGAGGAAGGAGAACAAGGAGGGCAUAUAUAUAUUGAACACUGUAAUCUUGUAAUGACUGUGUACUAUGAUAAUCGAUUAUUGUACAGGUUUUGUUC